CUCCCAAACGCUACACCUAACAACGUCGGAAAUGCCAGCUCUCGACUGGACCUGUGCGUCCUCCCACUCUGCUGGGCCUUCCAAGAACCCACGGACAAUGGCGACGCGUGCCCAAUUGGCAGCCGAACAAACAACUACGGAAAAUGGCGGCGAUAACUGCGCAAUUGGCAGUCCCUCAGGGAACCGUGAGGUCUCGACUGGAUCUGGGUGUACCCCCACUCCGCUAGGCCUUCCAGCCGCCUGCGGAGCGCGACGGCAAUUGUACAAUUGGCAACACCACGAAAGGUCACGAGAUCUAGCAUGGGGCAGGAGAAGGGGGGGCUGGAGAAAGGAGAAAGCGCUCGGGGGAUUUGAAAGUGGACACAGUGCCUGACAGCAGCAGCAAGGUUGCCGACAAUUAUAAUUUUAAACCCAAAGUGGCAUAGUCACAAACGCGACUGCACGAGUUGACAUCUGCGGCCGAGGCUCCACUCAACGGCAGCAGGAGGCGAAAAAAAGGAAAGAGUGAGAGAGAGGAAGAUGUGAUGCUGGUGCCGCCAGUGGCGUGAUGGCUGGACAUGCGUACGCGCUUGCACAACCGUCUCAGAUUACACUGAGUGGGAGAUUGCUGUGCUUCCCGGGCACACAAGGUCUAGUGGCGGCGAGGGUAAGGACCUAGUGGCAAGAGCGUCCAGAGCACAAAACACUUGACACUGAGUUGCAGGAUUACGCUAGAGGCGCUGCGCGCAUCGCGGGCCGAAACCGCGAGGUCUCGCGAGAUCGCGGUCUGAUCUGAGUGAGACCGAGUGAUUCGCAGUCAUCGCAAGAUGCAGCCCAAACAGAUGGGGCACACGGAUUGCUACACUCGCCGCGGAACAUGAGACAACCACUGCGAGAACCACAACUACUAGCACCUGGCAGUAAGUACACCACCCCGAACCAGCGGGUCCAGCACGGGGCGCGCAGGUUUCUACGAACGCCUGCGCAAUCCUCUCCUGCUCUUCGAGCUGGUGCGAACGACCCAUCGCCUCGGCGCCUCUGGGCUCCCACAGCUGGAGGCCUCCCAAAUCGGGCCGGAGCAGGGGAACUCUCGAGCUGUGAUUGCGCCAUGUUUCCCUCUGCCCGGCUCGAGAGAGAGCGCGUCGAGCUCCUUCCAGAUUCGUGGGCUCGGCGGCUACGAGCUCCGCAACGAGUGCGCGCUUUCAUGCACACCUGCCUGCAGCAAAUCCUGCGACACGAUGUGCGACGAUGUAUUCGCAAGCGUCGCCGACACACCAACGACGCCAGGACGGAGAACAUCGGACUCUGGACCUCGCCGCAUGCGACGCGAUCCACCGAUCCCCAUCUGCUCUCUGGCCCUGUUUGGGAGGCCUGGACGGGCAGUACUAAUUACCACCCGCGGUUGCCGCCGUGGUCCUCCCGGCCCGUGCGCCUCCGGGGCUUCAUCGGCGGGCAGGGCUGGUCGGGCAGCGGAAACUUCCGCUCCUCGCCGUCCUCGCCCAACAGCAGUGGCAUCCACUCAGGGUGCUGCACCAGCUCGUUCAUGACGGGCCCGUUCCGGAGGCGUCGCACGUUCUCGUCCAAGCCCUGCACCCGUGCCAUGGUCACCUCCGCGACCUUCCGCGAGUUCAGCCCCGGGAGGCACUUGCGCACGUCGACGCCGUUGAACUUGGAGACAAACUCCUCACACGCAUCGCUGGUCCGGAAGUUAUGAAGCCGUACCCGACGUUGCACCUGUUCUUGAAGUCGAUGGGCAGAACGAAGUCGAAGCGACCACGGAAAUCCACACUCAGCUGCUUCACCUCAGCAUCUCCCGAGUGUACUUGUUCGGGAUGUUGCGGAGCAUGACGGUGGUGCAGCUCCCGUCCUCGGCG